GGACGUUUGCGGUCGGGCUGGCUUUGGACUGGGAGCGGGAGGACCCCGGUGGUGUGGGUGUGACCUCAGUGUCGGAGGAGCAGAGAGAGGUCGGGGCUAUGAGAGGUGUGAAGGCUAAGAAAGGAGCUUGGUGUGUGCCUUGCCUAGUUUCACUUGAUACUCUUCAGGAAUUAUGUAGAAAAGAAAAGCUCACAUGUAAAUCGAUUGGAAUCACCAAAAGGAAUCUAAACAAUUAUGAGGUGGAAUACUUGUGUGACUACAAGGUAGUAAAGGAUAUGGAAUAUUAUCUUGUAAAAUGGAAAGGAUGGCCAGAUUCUACAAAUACUUGGGAACCUUUGCAAAAUCUCAAGUGCCCAUUACUACUUCAGCAGUUCUCUAAUGACAAGCAUAAUUAUUUAUCUCAGGUAAAGAAAGGCAAAGCAAUAACUCUCAAAGAAAAUCACAGAGCCUUGAAACCUGCUGUUGCUGAAUACAUUGUGAAGAAGGCUAAGCAAAGGAUAGCCCUGCAGAGGUGGCAGGAUGAACUCAACAGAAGGAAGACUCACAAAGGAAUGAUUUUUGUUGAAAAUACUGUGGACUUAGAGGGGCCCCCUUCAGACUUCUACUACAUUAAUGAAUACAAACCAGCUCCUGGAAUCAGCUUAGUAAAUGAAGCUACCUUUGGUUGUUCAUGCAGAGAUUGCUUCUUUGAAAAAUGUUGUCCUGCUGAAGCUGGAGUUCUUUUGGCUUAUAAUAAAAAUCAACAAAUUAAAAUCCCACCUGGUACCCCCAUUUACGAGUGCAACUCACGGUGUCAGUGUGGACCCGAUUGUCCCAACAGGAUUGUACAGAAAGGCACACAGUAUUCGCUUUGCAUCUUUCGAACCAGCAAUGGCUGUGGCUGGGGUGUAAAAACCCUUGUGAAGAUUAAAAGAAUGAGUUUUGUCAUGGAAUAUGUUGGAGAGGUAAUCACCAGCGAGGAAGCCGAGAGACGUGGGCAGUUAUAUGACAACAAAGGAAUCACAUAUCUCUUUGAUCUGGACUAUGAAUCUGAUGAAUUCACAGUGGAUGCAGCUCGAUACGGAAAUGUGUCUCAUUUUGUGAAUCACAGUUGUGACCCAAACCUUCAGGUGUUCAAUGUUUUCAUUGAUAACCUCGAUACCCGUCUUCCCCGAAUAGCAUUAUUUUCCACGAGAACUAUCAAUGCUGGAGAAGAACUCACUUUUGAUUAUCAAAUGAAAGGUUCUGGAGAUGUAUCUUCAGAUUCUAUUGACCACAGCCCAGCCAAAAAGAGAGCCAGAACUGUGUGCAAAUGUGGAGCUGUGACUUGCAGAGGUUACCUCAACUGAAUUUUCAGGAAAUAGAACUUAUGACGAUUACAGUGUUUUUUCUAAUGUUAACAUUUUAAAAGUAUUUCAGACUUUUUUCAUAUUAUCAAGAUUAUACACUACGAUGAUUUACAAUUCAUCUUUCAGACUAUUGGCCAAAUGCGUUACUGAUACUUUUGAAGAGAGGCACAUAGGAUCACAUACACUAAUUCUAAAUAUACAUAUUCAGUGGUUAGAUACCAAACAUGAAAGGAAAACUAUUUGCAGAUCAACAGAUAUAUACUUAAGAGGAAGUCUGUGAAUAUAGAGAAAUGCCUCCUUCGGUGUUUGUUAAACUGAUGAUGUAACAGUUGCUAAGAUUGAACAUUCAAUUUGCCAUACACCUUGAAUUUAAAGAAAUAGAGUUAAUUCAUAUUGGACAAAUACACAAGUUCUAUUUUUGUUAUUGUCAUUCCUGUUUACCUACUUACAACUCUUUGUACUUGUAUUUGAGACAAAUAGGUGAUACUGAAUUAUACUCUAUUUUCUACUUUCAUUAAAACAUUGGUAUCUUAAUGAUAUAGAAAUUUAAGGUCUAAAAUUAAAUGUAAAAAAAUUUAAUUGCAGCUUGAUUUAAUAUUUUGAAGCAAUCUAGACCAGUAGGAGGGGUGGAUAUCUGAACCAGUAAAAGAUUUUUUAAUCUUGUAGAAGAAAGGUUUCUGAAGUUUUCCUAAAAUUCUAGAAUGGCUGGCUGAUACGCUUCUUAGAAAGGAUGAGGCAUGGGGCCAUGCAUGUCUUUUGGAGUGCCAGGCAGGGGAGAUGGAGCACUUUAUAGGACCCUCUUAAUAACAUGAAUCAGGCGAUCUCUGAUGAAUACCUCUGGUCUCCACAGUAAAAACAAGAUCUCUCUUAAGAGCAGCCGUAUGUAAUAAUAAUGUUCCACACAAUAAUUAACAUUGCAUCUUCUGAAGUUCAGGUAGUUUUAACAUUUCCUUGCCACUAAAUUAUUUUUAUAAUAAAGGGCCUGCAUGCCUUUCUUAAGAAGUGAUAUAUAUUUUGAACUGAUACUUAUUUUAUACAUGAAUUUUUUUCAUGUGAUAAAGCUAAACUUGGCUUGGCCAAAGUGUGUGCCUGAAUUAUGAGACCAUUUAUUACUUGAACUCUGAAGACUGAAGUGACUAUAUUCAUUGUUUGGGGUGGGGGGUUGGUUUUGUUUUUUCCUACAUAGUGAAACCUAAGUUGGGAAAAAAACUGUUUUCAUCUCCCUCAGAUCCUGGAACGUCUAAUCAUGGUGUCCAACAUGACAGUGAAUAUAACAGCUAAGUCUGGCUUUUGGUAUUCCUAAUUAGGUCCUGCCAGGGCUCACUGCCUGAGGCUUUAAUGACCCACAGAACCCUUGAGUAAAACUGAACUGACUUCAAGAAUGCAGCAUUUCACAUCUUAAUCCUUCGCUUCUCUUCUUGGGAGAAGCUGCACUUUGUUAAUAUUGCUGUCACAGGACUUUGCUUUUUCAUAGUACAGGGUGAAUUGUUUACAUGUUUGGAGCCUCAGAGUAUAUCUGCUUACCAAAAUUUGGAGGCGUCAAGGAGAAAAAUAUUUUUUAAUGCCAUUUCUUGUUGUUCUUGAUAAAAAAUAGUCACAAGGUGUCAGUGGUUUUUAAAAAAAAGUCACAAAUUUACAGCUGCUCCCAGGGGCCUGACUUACUUUGAAUUAUAAUUCUCACAGGUUCAAGAUGUAAUUGUAACAUUGGUCAGUGUUUUACUAUCUAGUUAUUUGAUCUUGUCUACUCUGUGUUAAAGAAAUGUAAAGCUGGAGAACAAAGGGAAGAAUGACUAUUUUCGGUAAACUAGCAUUUGGUCCUUAUAGAAAUGUAAUGAGCUUUUGACAUUUUAAAUACCCACUUUAACCGUGAGUCGUUAGAAUACCUGAACUUAAGUAGUAAAAUAAUAGAAAAUAAAUGAAGCUGUUAGGAGCUUUAACUAUUUUAAGUCAA